GGGGGGGUGACCAGGUGUUGGCGUGGGCUCUGCGAGCUGCCGGUUGUGAAAAGCACGUGUUUUAGCCGAACAAGAAAGUUACAGAAAGGGGGAACCGCCGUGCUUUGUGAACCGUAGGUGGGUGGCAUGAAAAGGAGGCAUAAAAAAGCACAUUUCCCCGCUGGUCUGAGUAAAUGUUUAAUCCUCAGCUCGGAGAAAAAGCAGCUCAAAAGUGCUCUUUUUCUCAGCAAGUCUGAACCAGUCAGCCUGGUGCCUCCUCCCUCCGGCUCACACCCUCCCUCCCACCGCUCCGAAGGAAUAUCCCAGCCUGCUCCAAGGUGCAGCUGGGCACCCAGGGCAGGACGGAGCAGUGGCCGUAGCCAGCGGGCCAGGAGAGCAGAGGGGUCGGGAAGUUUGCGGGGCCCCUGGCCGGCGGCGGGGCCCGGUGUGGCCGCUGCGGGCGGCGUGGGGCUCCCCUCGUCCCUCUGCUGCUCCAGCGGCUGAAGUGCCCGAGAUGGGGUCCCCGCACUGGAAACGGCUCUGCCUUCUGCUCCUGGCGGGGUUAACGUCCUCCCUGCUCCUCUACGGUCACUACCGCGCUACGGUGGAGUCGCCCACCAGCCAGAGGAUCAUAGCGAGUGGGAAGUUCUUCAAGCCUUCUGCUGAGCUGGAGGAGCCCAAGCCCAGCAGAGAGCAGCCAAGCAUGUGCCUCCACUCGGUGAUGGCCAGAGCAAAGGCAGACCGCAAGUUUGGGGAGAUCUUCCGCUUUAACACCCCUGUGCUGAUGUGGGACCAGCACUUCACCCCAGAGACCUGGGACAGGCUGAAGACACGACACGUCCCCUACGGCUGGCAAGGCUUGUCCCACACAGUGGUGGGCAGCACCCUCCGGCUCCUCAACACCUCUGCCAACAGGCACCUCUUCAACAGGGACACCUUCCCCAGGGGCUGUGUCCGCUGCGCCGUGGUGGGCAAUGGUGGCAUCCUCAACGGCUCGCAGCAGGGCAAGGCAAUCGAUGCGCACGACCUGGUCUUCAGGCUGAACGGUGCCGUGAUCAAAGGCUUUGAGGAGGACGUCGGGACCAAGAUCUCCUUCUAUGGCUUCACGGUGAACACCAUGAAGAACUCCCUCAUCACCUAUGAGGAGUAUGGCUUCACCCAGAUACCCCAGGCCAAGGACCUGAGGUACAUCUUCAUCCCUUCGGAUGUCCGUGACUAUGUCAUGCUGAAGUCGGCCAUCCAGGGCAGCCCAGUCCCCGAGGGCUCAGACAAGGGGGACAAGCCACAGAAGUAUUUUGGACCAGAGGCAUCUGCAGAGAAGUUCAAGCUGCUGCAUCCUGAUUUCCUGCAGUACCUGACAGCGAGGUUCCUGCGAUCGGAGCUCCUGAACACGCAGUACGGCUCGCUCUACAUGCCCAGCACCGGCGCGCUCAUGCUCCUCACUGCGCUCCACACCUGUGACCAGGUUAGUGCUUACGGGUUCAUCACCACCAACUAUGAGCAGUUCUCAGAUCACUACUACGAGGUGGAGAAGAAACCGCUGGUGUUUUAUGCCAACCAUGACAUGAUGCUGGAGGCAGCGCUGUGGAGGAGCCUGCACCGAGCAGGGAUCAUGACCCUCUACCAGCGGUGAGGCCAGGCAGCUGUCCAUGGGGCCAAGUCCGAGGACUCCUGUGGCUCUUCUCCUCUUUCCUGAAGGCCACCUUCUCCUGAGGGCUCUCCCCAGCUGGCUGGCCAGCCCAAGGAGCAGAGCCACCACACCACAGCUGGUGGUGCUUGUGAUGGUAAGGGGCAAGCUGAAGCUGGUAGAGAAAUGUUGUGUUUCCUCAGAGAUGUCUGGCAAUGUUUCAUGGCUCAGUGUGAUUGAACAUGGCCUUUGGGCCACCAGUAAGCACCACGGCACGUGGCUGUGAUGUCCUAGCCACACGAAUGUGGCUGUGGGCCUGCAGUGGCCCCUGCGAAGCCCAGGAGGGGCAGGAUGAUGCUGGAAAAGGAUGCCGAGGAUGUCUACAUGUGGCAGCCUCUGGCUGGAAAACGCCCUUCACCUUGCCAUCACACUGACUCAAACACCAUGGUGGGACCACAACAGGCAUGAUGUAUCCUCGGACUGGAGACUAGGUCAUCCAGCCAACAGGAAGGCAGCGCGUUUGGAGAACACCUCCCUCCCAGACUGCAGAAAACCUGAACUCCAGCCAGCUGCGGGGUGAUGUGUGCUGCUUUCCAGAAGGAUCUGUGUGCUUUCAUCAUCAGCAGGGAAGAGUGGCUUGGUUGCGCUCUCCUGUGACAGAUGCAUGGUGUGUCUGUCAUUUUCCCCAUCCCUGGGCCAUGGUGUUCUCCAAGGGCAGGACUUAUAAGCCAUCAGCUAAGAGCAGGGUUACUGCAGCUCAGCUGGGACAUGGCGAACGCGGCCCUUGAGCAUCCCGGAGAUGAGCUGAUCUACAGCCCACAUGCAUAGCAGGUUUGUUGAGUUUUUCUUGCACAGGGACCAUGAGGUGCCCUCUGAGUGAUUUGAGAAGGCAGCCCCAUGGCAGGUUGGCUGGAGAACCUGCUAGCUCGUUGGGUCAAUUCGUGUGGUUGUCACUUUUUCUUUUUUCCUCCCCCAAAAAAUCUGAGGGAGGUGAAGGUCUUGAACCCUUCAGCCAUCCCAUGUAAGCCAGCGCUGCCAAGGGAAGACCCACUGGGGAGGCUGGAGGGCUGAUAUGGCUCAGCAGAGGGAGCAGGAGACACUUCUCCCAUUUCGUGUAAUGACAUAAAUGUUGAAUGAGUCUGUUCUUUUA